UACAGAUGUACCUUUCCUUACAUCUAUGGUUGGAACUAGCAUUCAAACUCCAUCCAGAACAGCUGGGGUUUAGGGAUAAUGGUGCUCAUCCCUAAACAUUAUUUCUAUUUUCAGGGCCCAAUUCUGCUUGUCCAACACAACCCAAACUGACCUGGUUGUUACCUUGCAUAUUUGCUCAGUAGGCAAAUUACUCUUACCAGGACCGAUCAGUGUUGACUGCGUGCUAAAAGCAAUUGUAACGUGAAAGCUAGUGGACUGCUAUCUGUGGAACUAUGAGCUGCCCUUGCGCCACCCUCUCCACGGGGCAGAAGAUGCCCCUGGUGGGACUGGGGACCUGGAAAAGUGCCCCAGGACAGGUGAUGCAGGCAGUGCUGAGCGCUCUGGACUGUGGUUACAGACACAUUGACUGCGCAGCCGCGUACGGCAACGAACAGGAAGUGGGCGAGGCCUUGAGAGAGAGGGUGGGGCUUGGCAAGGCUCUCCAAAGAGAGGACGUGUUCGUGACGUCCAAGCUGUGGAACACCCAGCACCACCCCGACGACGUGGAGCCGGCCUGCCGGAAGAGCCUCACCGACCUGGGCCUGGACUACCUGGACCUGUACCUCAUGCACUGGCCAAUGGCCUUCCAGAGGGGGGCCGAGGUGAUGCCGAGGAACGCCGACGGCUCCAUCCGCUACGCGGACACCCACUACCGGGACACCUGGAAGGCCAUGGAGGCGCUGGUGGACCUGGGGCUGGCGAGGGCCAUAGGGCUGUCCAACUUCAACGCCAGGCAGGUGGACGAUGUCCUCAGCAUUGCCAAACACAAGCCGGCGGUGAACCAGGUGGAGUGCCACCCGUACCUGAUCCAGGCCCGGCUGCUGGCCCACUGCGGGGACCGGGGGGUGGUGGUGACGGCCUACAGCCCUCUGGGCUCCCCCGACCGCCCCUGGGCCACGCCCGGGGAGCCCCCGCUGCUGGACGACCCGCGCGUGCUGGACCUCGCCCGCCGCUACGGGAAGACUCCCGCCCAGGUCAUCAUCAGGUGGCAGGUGCAAAGAGGAGUUGUCUGCAUCCCUAAAAGCAUCACUCCUUCUAGAAUCCAGCAGAACAUUCAGGUAUUUGACUUCAAGCUGUCAGAUGAAGAUAUGAAGCAGAUUGAAUCCUUUAACAGAGACGAGAGGCUAAUAAUACCCACUAUAGAAAGAGAUGGACAGAAAGUGUGGAGAGAUGCAGUCCACCCUCAUUUCCCCUUUCACGACCCCUACUGACAAAGCUCAACCUCUCCAACAACCAGUUACAUUACUUCUCAUGGACAAGAUCACACUGUAAAACCGCAACAUGUAAAGGGUAUUAGGAUUGCUUGUCAGACUUGAGUGAAGAACUGAUAUUAUACCCCGUUAAAUAAAGUUUGCUUCUUACAA